UCAAUCAUGGGGGGCGACUUUGAGAGUUUCUGUUACAUAUUUUUUCCAUUUAUUCACUUGAUGAUUAUCUUGAAUAACAGCAAAACCAAAAUUCCCCACCACAAAUUUCACUUCCAAACAAGUUUCUUGAAAACCACUUUUUUCCUUUCGUCUUUGUCAUAUACCUAUCAUACAUCCUGUUUUUUUUUUGUCUUCAAGCACCCUCUGUCCUAUUCACUUUUGUGGCUGAUAUCAAAAUAGAAAGAUAAAUUCUUUCUUAUGAACUGUAUAAAUAAGCAAAAAGUUGAUUAGUUUAGGGGAAUUUGUUCAGUUUUGAAGUGAAAGCUGCUGACCCCACUUGGGAAAGUGUUAAAAAUUGUUUUUUUUUUUGGUGGGUUUGAUUUGCUUUGAGUGUUUGAGGAUCAAAGCAAGAGAUUUUGUGUUAAUUUAUUGGAUUUUUAAGUGGAUUUAGUAGGUUAAAGUUGAGUUAUGGUGACUGAUAUUGAAGGGGAUACAUAUGGAGAAGAUGAGUCAAAAGGGGGUAUGUGGGCUUUGGAGCAGAAGAUUGACCAGCCUAUGGAUGAAGAAGCUGGUAGGCUCAAAAAUAUGUAUAGAGAAAAGAAAUUCUCAACAAUUUUGCUUCUUCGGCUUGCAUUUCAAAGUCUUGGGGUCGUCUAUGGAGAUUUAGGAACUUCUCCAUUGUAUGUAUUCUAUAAUACUUUUCCUAAACAAAUCGACGAUACAGAAGACAUUGUUGGCGCACUUUCCUUGAUAAUUUACUCUCUUACACUUAUACCACUCAUCAAAUAUGUUUUCAUCGUUUGUCGAGCGAAUGACAAUGGUCAAGGUGGGACUUUUGCUCUUUACUCAUUACUAUGUCGUCAUGCAAAAGUUAAUACGAUUCCUAAUCAACAUAAAACCGAUGAGGAACUGACAACUUAUAGUCGCAACACAAUUCAUGAAAAGUCGUUUGCCGCAAAAACAAAGAGAUGGUUGGAAGGACACACGUUUAAAAAGAACGCACUUCUUUUACUUGUCCUAGUUGGCACUUGCAACGCGAUCGGAGAUGGAAUUCUAACUCCUGCUAUAUCUGUUUUAUCAGCGUCCGGUGGCAUCAAGAUCGACCACCCUGAGAUGAGUGACGAUGUUGUUAUACUUGUUUCGGUUGUUAUACUGCUAGGUUUGUUUAGCCUACAACACUACGGUGUUGACAAAGUUGCAUGGCUCUUUGCACCAAUUGUUUUGCUUUGGUUCCUAUUCAUCGGAGCAAUUGGAAUUUUCAACAUCAUUAAAUACGACAGUGGUGUAUUGCGCGCGUUUUCACCUGUGCAUAUAUUCCACUACUUUAAAAGAAGAGGAAAAAACGGUUGGAUAUCACUUGGCGGCAUCAUGCUCAGUAUAACAGGGACGGAGGCACUUUUUGCAGACCUGGCACAUUUUCCGUUGUCAGCAAUCCAGCUGGCGUUCACGGUUGUUGUAUUUCCUUGUCUUCUUCUCGCCUAUUGCGGACAAGCAGCCUACCUCAUGUACAACAAGCAACAUGUGCACGAUGCGUUUUACGCUUCUAUCCCAGAUGGCGUAUACUGGCCGAUGUUUGUUAUUGCAACACUAGCUGCUAUUGUGGCGAGUCAGGCUACAAUUUCUGCCACGUUUUCGAUCAUCAAGCAGGCAAACGCGCUCGGUUGUUUUCCGAGAGUGAAGGUUAUUCAUACGUCAAGUAAAUUUCUUGGGCAGAUAUAUAUUCCGGACAUAAAUUGGAUCCUUAUGGUUCUCUGCAUCAUUGUCACUGCUGGAUUCAAAGAACAAAGUCAAAUCGGCAAUGCUUAUGGGACCGCAGUCGUCAUAGUCAUGCUCGCAACAACUUUUCUCAUGAUCUUAAUCAUGUUAUUAGUGUGGCGAUGUCACUGGAUUCUUGUCUUCAUCUUCGCCGCGCUAUCUCUAAUCAUCGAAUGCACGUACUUCUCAGCCGUUCUGUUUAAGGUUAAUCAAGGUGGUUGGGUCCCACUUGUCAUAGCCUCCGUUUGCCUUUUCAUCAUGUACAUUUGGCAUUAUGGAACAGUAAAACGAUACGAGUUUGAAAUGCAUAGUAAAAUCUCAAUGGCAUGGAUUCUUGGUCUCGGUCCAAGUUUAGGGCUCGUGCGGGUCCCAGGAAUUGGGCUCGUCUACACCGAGCUUGCUAGUGGGGUCCCACAUAUCUUUUCACAUUUCAUCACCAACCUACCCGCCAUCCAUUCGGUGGUGGUUUUCGUGUGUGUAAAGUACCUUCCGGUUUACACCGUCCCCGAAGACGAAAGAUUCCUCGUAAAACGAAUCGGGCCCAAGAACUUUCACAUGUUUAGAUGCGUGGCAAGGUAUGGUUACAAAGAUCUGCACCGAAAAGACGAUGAAUUCGAAAAGAAACUAUUCGACAAUCUGUUCACGUUUGUAAGACUCGAGUCAAUGAUGGAAGGCGGGUCUGAUUCAGACGAGUAUAGUUUAUAUGGUCAACAAACUCAGGGUUCUAGAGAUUUCUUACUACGCGAUAACACCAAUAAUAAUAAUAAUAAUAAUAAUAAUAAUACGUUUUCUUCGGUUGUUGACCUGACGGUCUCGUCGUGUGACUCGAUAGUGCCGGCAAAUGUGAUCAAUUCGGGGAUGUCAUCUGGGCAGGUAAGUAGUCAUACAGAGAUUGAUGAAAUGGAGUUUCUGACAAACUGCAAGGAUACAGGGGUGGUGCAUAUAAUGGGGAACACGAUCGUGAGAGCGCGGCGCGAUUCACCGUUUUAUAAGAAGCUUAGUAUAGAUUAUGUUUAUGCAUUUCUGAGGAAGAUGUGCAGGGAGCAUAGUGUCAUCUUUAAUGUCCCUCAUGAGAGCUUGUUGAAUGUUGGCCAAGUGUUUUAUGUGUAAAUCGUUGAACAUGACUAUUUGUUCCCCCUUCCCCUCUUUUUUAAGAAUGUAGAUAUAUGAAAAUAAUAAGAAUGUAAUAAAGCAGUCUAGACAAA